AUGGGAAAUCGCGAGUCAAAGCAGGUCAAGCAGCCCGCUGCUGCUGAGGCCGCCGCCUCGGAGCCCAGCAACGCGCCCCGCCAGGCUUCCCUCGGAGAAUGGGAGUCUCCCAUCACUUCCGCUUCCAUCGCCGAGAAGGCCGUCAAGCUAAGGAACCCUUUCCUUCGAGCCUCCGAUGGCGCGCUGUUCUGGUUGGAGCUGCGGCCCAGCGAGGGGGGUCGCCAGGUGCUGGUCAUGAGGUCACCUGACGGCGCCAUCAGGGAUGUGACCCCUCCGGCAACUACGGCGGAGGGUUUUAACGUCCGUACGACAGUGUACGAGUACGGCGGCGGCGAGUACUGCAUCGUGGGAGACACGGUGUACUUCACAAAUUUCAAGGACCAGGCGCUUUACGCGCAGGACCUCACAGCAAUCAGCGGAAGUGGCGGCACAGAGCCUCUUAUGGACCCCCAGACCCCGAGACUGGUGACCCACGGGUCUGAGGCCCGAGGCGAGCGCUUCGCCGAUGGCUCCUGGGACGAGAACCGACAGCGGCUGGUGUUGGUUUCGGAGGUUCACAAGGAGGGGGAGUCCGGUCGGGAGCUGCCCCCGGGGCACGUGGUCAACCGGCUGGUGGCUUGGGCCGUGUGGAGCAAUGCAUGUGGCGACGUCUCUAGCGGUGAUGUGACCGCACUGGUGUCCGGCGCCAACUUCUACUCCUACCCCGCCAUAAGCCCCUCCGGGCGCUGGCUGGCCUGGGUGCAGUGGGACUUCCCGAACAUGCCCUGGGACCACACCACUUUGUUGGUGGCACCACUGCUCGACGACGGAACCGUGGGUCAGGCGAUCAGUUCGUACUUGUACUUCGUGGACGACAAGUCCGGCUGGUGGAAUCUGUACCGCUGCCGUGCGCCUGUCACUACCGGUACGACCGUGUACGACGCAGCCGCUGGCUGGACGAGCGCCGCGGCGGAGGCUGAGUCUCUAGCUCCCAUGGAAGCAGAGUGGGGCUUCCCGAGCUGGAAUUUGGACCGUCGCUCGUACCAGCCCCUCCACACCCCCACACCCCCGCCUCCCGGGCUGACCGUAAUAAAAACCCUGAAACCCCUCCGAUGCCCCCGGGGGAAGGUGUUGUCCGACGGCUCCGUGCUAGGGGUCUUCACGGACCCACGGGUCGCGGGCCAAAUCUUGGGGUUGCUACAGCCGCCAGCACAAGCUACAACCGCUUCUACAGCCUCCACCUCCACCUCCGCUGCCGGGGCCGGGGUCGUCAGCGGUGGCGGCUGGAAGCUGACGUCCAUUAACCUGGGUAUGACCCACUUCAGCAGCCCGCCGCUUGUACGACUGGCUGGUGCUAGUGGCGGCGGCAGCGGCGGCGGCGCACCACUGACGGUGGCAGCCAUCGCCGCGUCGUUCACACGUGGCCAGGCUGUCGUACAGCUGACGGCGACGUCGCUGGAGGCGCUUACGGCGGUUACGCCGGCGGAUUUGCAAGUUAUCAAGAGCUCCAGCACGUCGCAGAUUCCCGAGGGUUACAUCUCGGUGCCCGAGCCCAUCGAGUUUCCCACCACCUUCGACGGCAAACCGACAACCGCCCACAUGCUGUACUACCCGCCAACCAACAAGGACUUCACGUACCCCGCCGGGGUCCUACCGCCGCUGCUGGUUGAAAGCCACGGUGGCCCUACGUCGUCUGCUGUACCUGCGAUCGGCGCUCUGCUGCAGUACUGGACGAGCAGAGCGCCACACAGAACUGCCGUACGAUCCCUAUACAGUGCACUGUACCGUAUUGUACUGCAUUGUACUGCACCUCCCACCAGGAAAGUGUUCUCCGCGGGCGCUUCCCUGUACGGUGUCGCCGAUCUCAGGCUGCUUGCCGAGCACACUCACAAGUUUGAAAGCAGGUAUCUGGACAUGAUGGUUGGGCCCCUGCCGGAUGCCGCCGCUGUGUACGACGCGCGAUCGCCCCUGAAGCAUCCAGACGGCUUCUCCUCUCCGGUCAUUUUCUUCCAGGGCGACCAGGACAAGGUGGUGCCGCCGGAGCAGGCCAUCGCCAUGUACAACGCCGUAAAGGCCGCGGGUCUCCCCACUGGUCUGGUGAUGCUUGCUGGAGAGCAACACGGAUUCCGACAGGCGGUCAGCAUCCGUACCGCACUUGAGGCGCGAGGUAUGUGCCUGAAGUUUGCUUGUAAGGAUAUUGGAGACCGGGUUGGGACGACCGCUAACCCCCAUGUGGAGUACGGGUGGUUUGAUGACCCCCAUUCCAGCGCACGAUUUCGAUACCCGCAACUGCUGACAACACAGAUAGGACUGUUUUGA